AUGCUAGCCCUAACCUCCCCAACCGGAAAACUAGGCUCCUCAAUCCUCACCUCCCUCCUAAACCACAACCUCAUCCCCCCAACCCAACUCCUCCUUCUCUCAUCCUCAACGCCCACCCCAAAACUCCAACCCUACAUCGACCAAGGCAUCCAAGUCCGCCCCUUGAACUACCACUCCCCUGCCCCCUCCGCUUUUGAAGGUGUAACCAAACUCCUCCUCAUCUCAACCCCCGAGAUAGCACUCGACUACCACUACCCCGACACCCCCGGCCGCGAAAGCGUGCAGAUCGAGACGUUGAAAUGCGCCAUCGCAGCGGGUGUGAAACACAUCUACUACACCAGUCUGGCCUUCGGCUCGCCCUCGGAAGCAGGCGUGAUGCGCGCGCAUUUACGGACCGAGGAAUUCCUGGCUCAGCAGUCUGGAGUGCAAGUCACGAUUCUACGGCAAGGGUUGUAUAACGAGUCGUGGCCGCUGUAUUUGGGUUACUACGAUCCUCAUGAUGAUGAGAGAGGGGAGGUGGUGUUAGCGGGAAAUGGGAAGGUGAGUUGGACUGCGAUUAGCGAUUUGGGACUUGCGAAUGCACUGGUUUUGGCUGGGAAGGACGAGGAUUGGGCCGGGAAGACGUUGUAUUUGAGUGCGCAGAGGAAUGCGUUGAGUAUGGCUGAGGUUGCGAAACUUGUAGGGCAAGAAAGAGGAAAAGAGGUCACAGUGAAGGUUGUGGGACGGGAGGAGUAUGUGAAGUGUUGUGUUGAGAGAGGGGUGGAGAAGGAUAAUGUGGAGUGGUGGAGUACGACGUAUGCGGCAUUGAGGAAGGGAGAGUGUUUGAUUGAGGAUGGAACGCUGGAGAGAUUAUUAAAAGUGCAGGGGGUGGAGGUUACGAGGAUGGAGGAUACAAUCAAGAAGAUGGUCGGGGGUUCAGCCUGA